AAAAGUGGCCGCAAGAGUUAAAGCCUCAUUAGUGUACUGACAUGAAUCGCGGAGUGCAAAUAUUAGUGAUCUUGGGUCUGGUCUGCGGCAGUCUAGCGCGCAUCCCAAACCUUGUUCGGGUCAUUGGAGCGGCUCGUAGUGCUGUGGACCUGGAUGUGGAUGAGCCAAGCGGUCCUCAGAUUGUGCUUUACUCCCAGGGCGACAUCGCUUCGGCCAGAUCAGAUGACUCCGAACCGACUUUCCACGAGCCACAGAUCAGGGAGGAAGUGGCCGAAUCGGAGCUCGACAAGGACAGUCGCAAGGUUCCGGACUACCUCUACUCCAACUCCAUUCCCAUGGUCAAUGACCAGAACUUGAAGUAUGUGGUGCCCCAGCUGGCCAACUUGCCGGUGGUCUACGGGCCCCCCAUCCUUCCCAAUGGAAACACCAAGAACGGAUUCAGCCAGAACCAAGGAAGCGGUCUUUCCUACGUGGUGGUUCCUCGCGUCCAGCUGGGCUUCAAUGUCCAGGGCCAGUCGGGCCUGAAAUGGCCAAUUGUGAACCAGUUCCUUGGCGAGUCUCAGGCCGCCGAGAAGGAGGAGCCUCUGCCACCGACUGCCUACAUCCCUAUUCCAGUGCCCGGACCUCCGGGCCCACCCGGUCCCCCAGGGCCGCCUGGUAUGCGAGGACCUAUUGGACCCACUGGACCACGGGGCCAGCGAGGACCUCCAGGUGAGCCAGGUGCGUCCCCAGCCCAGAAGCCGCAGGGUAUUUGGUACACCCAGACUGGCAACAGCAAUUCCAAGCCUCAAUACGCCCAGCCCUUCUCCACCGCCUACCAGAGUUAACCGAAAAACCAAUUAAAAUACUAAUGCGAUUCUA